CGGCGCGCGCCGCCAGUCUGCCCGCGCCCUUAUCUUAGUGACGAGCGUCGAGCGGAUCUGAUGGUAUCUGCCGCCGGAGCGCAGCCACAAUGAACGUCACGGAAGCUAGCCUCGACGUCAACAAGUCCACCCCCAUCUACGCUAUCGGCACCAACUUUAUAACGCAGUGGAAACUCCAGAAACUGAAGCAGCGGUCGUGCCUGUCUUCGGGCAGCUUCCAGGAGUGCCAGGCCUUCUUCCUCACCAACAGCUCCAAUUAUACCGACGUCUACUUCUUCAAUAGCACCGUAGAGAACAUCCUCGCUGCUAACGGGGACCUGCAAGCCGUCCUCCCGCCGUUCCCGCUGUGGCUGGCGGCUAUCUUCGCCACGUGUCUGGUGCUGGUCAUCCUGCUGACCGUCAGCGGGAACAUCCUGGUGCUGCUGGCUUUCCUCGUGGACAGGACCAUACGGCAGCCGAGCAACUACUUCAUUGCCUCGCUGGCUGCCACCGAUCUGUUGAUAGGUACUCUGUCCAUUCCGUUUUACACUGACUACGUCUUGAAAGGAUAUUGGCAUCUUGGGCCCUUGCUGUGUGAUCUCUGGCUUUCCGUCGACUACACCGUCUGCUUAGUAUCCCAAUAUACAGUUUUACUUAUAACAGUGGACAGAUUUUGUAGUGUGAAAAUUGCGGCGAGGUACCGAGCGUGGCGGACGAAGAACCGUGUCAUAUGGAUGGUGACAGUGACGUGGAUUAUACCAGCCUUACUAUUUUUUACGACUAUAUUUGGAUGGGAACACUUUGUAGGCUACAGGGAUUUGCAGGAAGGCGAGUGUGCUGUGCAGUUCCUCAAAGACCCGAUAUUCAAUACUGCCCUCAUCAUCGGAUACUAUUGGACGACGUUAUUCGUACUUAUUGUUUUGUACGCGGGAAUUUUCAAAACUGCAUAUGACAUGCAAAAGAAAAGCGAAGCGAAGCAGAGGAAGAUGCAGUCGAUGGUAGCUUUAAGUGCAGGUUUUAUGACAGGAAUGGCAGGGCGCGCGGCCGGCACGUCGGGUUUGUCCAAAGCAACGAUAUCAAGCGAAGAUCAGGUGAAGGUUUCCGAAGCGGUCCGUAAAGAUUCAACGUCAAAGGGCUCGUUAGCAGCCCCGCUAUUGGCGUUAGGUGGAUCUACUGACUCUAACUCAAGCCAAAAAUCGUCUGCUCAUAAAAGCAGUGCCACUGCUACCGGUACAUCGACAACACAAGAGUCGGAUGGAGAUAAGAAAGAAGAUCAAGUAGAAGCAGAACGGUCCAGCAGCCCAGCUUUUGACUCUGAUGAAGAAAGUACGACCCAGACGAAUUCGAAGAAACGACCAUCUGUAGCCAAUCUAGUGAUGCAAACUGGUGCUUUACAAUUAUUAAAUAACAUGCGAAUGAAUGGUGGUAUGUUAAUUAAACCACCUGAUGCAAAACAAACACCAAUGUUUAAGCCUGACUCUGAGAAACCGAAAACGUCUUUGUCACAGAUAUCUGAAAAGAGUUUAUUGGAUACUGAUAACCCGGAUACGUCCCAAAGCAGCGGGCCAACUCCAGCUCCUACAGUGCCUCACAGUACAGCUAGCUUUAUGUCGCCUAUAUCAUCAGGUAUAGCCACACCGUCCGACCAAAGGGAAGUUUCAACAACUAUUGCUCAGAGAAUCAUCCCACCUCCAUCAGAAUUUAGAUGCAGUCCCACUGUGUCUGAAAGUCCCCCGUCUCAAUCAGAAUCGUCACGCACAAAAACUGUCAGACUGGUGAAAAGUGACGGCACCUCGUAUGACGUUCUUGUGGGUAUGGAUGGUGCAGACCUCCGUUUUAUGGACGAGAGUUCAGUUAUCGUUCCUUCCCCUACUUUUGAAAGUCCACCAUCUUCAGUGACCUUUCCUACUGCGACUGAGCCCUCAUCUCCCCCAACAAUGAAUUCGGGCAAUGUUACCAACACUUCAUUGUUGCAAGCUGCCUUAAUCAGAGCUACGGCUGAAGCUCAAAUAGUCACUCCUAAAUCUAGUUUUUCCCCGCCUCCGCCCGUCAAAGUGAACACGGAGGUAAGUUUGUCUACCGGCGAGCGAUCCAAGCCAGUAAUUACACUUGUAUCAACGUCUUCCAAUAAUAAUGACUCUCAACCGCCCAAGCCUACGGAAUCAAAAGUUUCACCCUUAAAACUAAAUCCAGUAAGUCCAGCUGUUGAAAACAGCGAUGUUUCAAGUACCGCUGUAACUGGGUCAGGCCGCGGUGAUUCCAAGAAAGAGUUUGUAAAAAACAUAGGAAAAAAAUUAAAAGUUAAGCGUUCGAAGCGAGACGGUUUAUUCCCGAGCAUCGGGCGACAAAAGUCUAAAUCGGAAAAUAGAGCUAGGAAAGCUUUUAGGACGAUAUCGUUUAUUUUGGGUGCGUUUGUUGUCUGUUGGACACCGUACCACAUAUUGGCGCUGGUUGAAGGUUUUUGUACGGACCCGCCGUGUAUUAACAAACAUUUGUACAUGUUCUCGUACUUUUUAUGUUACGCGAACAGUCCGAUCAAUCCGUUUUGUUACGCGCUGGCCAAUCAGCAGUUCAAGAAGACUUUCACGAGACUCCUCCGUGGGGACUUUCACAUCACCUAGUCCAUGUAUGUUGGCUACAAGGCGUAAUUUGGGUGGCUCAGAGUCUUGGCCAAUGUUACGCGCACAAUCUCCGAAUGACCUUCAUUCGAUUGUUGCUAAAUAAGACAAUACCCGUCAUUUAUGACUUUUAAUACGUAAGUAUGCUUUUGAUGUAUAGAUAUUAUAGUAGCAUACUGUGUAGAAUAUGUAUUUUAAUGUAUAGAAGAAAACGUCGGCUUUAAAAGCAGAUCUCAAAUUUUGUACAUAAGGUAGAAAAGUUGUAUAUUUAUAAAUUUUUUAUUUGAUCUUUGGAGUUCAGAACUGACAAUAAAAUGUUAGAGCGUGUAUAUAAAUGUUAGAUUUAAAGUUAUUCAAAGUCUCUUUAUAUUUCUAGUUAAGCGUAUAUUUGUUUAAGCUAUGAUAGAUUCAAUAUUUUAACAAUAGCUUGAAAGUAAUUGGGAAUUUGUAUGUAAUGAGGAUGUAGUUGACUUUAUCUCGAUUUGAGAAAAAUAUGUUGAGUAUAUUAUUAUGUAAGUACUUGAUUAAAUAACUACUUGGAAAUACUGUGAUAAUGAGUAGACUAUUACAUUUGAAAGAUUCAUUUUAAUUUGAAACUAGAUUUUUGAAAUAAAAGUACCUACUCAAAACCUACCUAACUAAUUCUUUAAAGUA